AAAGUAGUUUUGAGAAGUGAAGUAUAAAAUCCCAACCGGUCAGCGUAAGGAUCAUUCGCUUCAUACAAUGUCUUUCAAGGUUGUGGUACUUUGCGCCGUGGUCGCCAUCGCCAACGCCGGUUACCUGGAACCCGCCCUCAGGUACGCAGCUCCAGCGCCGAUCGCGUACAGAAGCUACGUCUCGCCGGCCGUUACAAAAACCGACUUCAUCCCAGGAUCGUACUCGUCCUCCUACAGGAGCGACGUCAUUACGCCACGCGUCCAGUACACCGAAACUCCCGGGUACAGUUACUCGGUACCACAACCACCGGCCAUCGGUUACGCUCCGACGCUGACCAGGGUUGCCCAUUUUGAACCGGUCGCGCCGAUUGUAAGGGCACAUCCCGCACCAAUUGCUCAAGUGGGCUACGCGCAUGGAGCCGCUCCAUUGGCAUUUGCAGGGCAUGAUUUGAAAUACGCCAGGGCUGCUUCGGUUUGGGGUUAGGCGGGUAUUUGACUAUUAUUAUUAUUAAUACAGUUGAUAUUUCAACAAAUACAAAU